GUAAGUAAGAGGGGAAACACCUUUUUUUCCUCGUCUUUAUUUCCACAUUUCCUCCUCUGUUCGUCGUUUUGACUCCCGAGCUCCUCCUAUCAAUACGCAGCCAUGGCGGCUUCUUUGCAAUCCCUAAACCCUGCACUGACCCGAACCUUUGCUUGUUCUCAUAGGCCUUCCUUUGCCCCCCUACGUUCUUCAUUCCUCAAUCGACAUUCCGCCUCCUCCGUCUCCUUCAAACCCUUGGUUUCUUUUCGUUCCUUUGCUCCGCCACUCGCCGCCGUCUCUUCUGCGGCGGACACGGACUCAGCCAAGACCUUCCAUGGCCUCUGUUACGUCGUCGGUGACAACAUCGACACCGAUCAGAUCAUCCCUUCCGAGUAUCUAACCCUUGUACCCUCGAACCCGGAUGAAUACGAGAAGCUCGGCUCCUACGCGAUGAUUGGCCUUCCUGCAUCCUACACCACGCGCUUCGUGGAGCCUGGUGAGAUGAAGACGAAGUAUUCCAUCAUCAUCGGCGGCGACAACUUCGGCUGCGGAUCGUCGCGUGAGCACGCUCCGGUGGCUCUCGGCGCCGCCGGGACGAAGGCCGUGGUGGCUGAAUCGUACGCCCGGAUAUUCUUCAGGAACUCGGUGGCCACCGGCGAGAUUUACCCUCUGGAAUCGGAGGUUAGGGUUUGUGAGGAGUGCAAGACAGGGGACGUGGUGACGAUCGAGCUGAAGGAAAACGAUAGCGUGUUGAUCAAUCAUACGACGGGGAAGGAGUACAAGCUGAAGCCCAUCGGCGACGCCGGACCGGUCAUCGAUGCCGGCGGCAUUUUCGCAUAUGCCCGGAGCACCGGCAUGAUACCAUCUGCAUCAUCAGCCUGAUUGUCUCAGGUCCAGUGUGAGUGUCCCUUACAAUAAGAUGUGUGCUUUGUGUGGGCAUUAUGUGAUUCUGUAUUUGCUUUCUUUUUUUUUUGUUUUGUUUCAAGAGACCAAACAAGCGUUUUGUUGUCCUUAGCCUCUGUUUUUUUAUGAUCUUCCUCGUCCACCAACCAAACCCUUUCAUCUCUGUUUGCUUUCCAAAGGCAAAGAGUCUAUAUGCUCACUGCUAAA